AUGCAAAAGUUCACUUUGCUUCUCUUGGCCGCCAUUGUCGGAGCUGCUGCUGGCAACUACUGUACUUCUGGCAGCGACUUCAGCGACGACUGCGACAACCGUCAGAACAACCGAGGAUGUCUGACUUCUGGAGGUCGUACUCACCCACGAUCUUCUGAAUCCUCAUCUUCAUCCUCUUCAUCAUCUUCUUCUGAAUCCGCUGAAGGUACUACUGAAGCUGUCCCUACCACAACUGACUUUAUCUUGUCCACUUCUACGCACGGUCAAUGCUACUGCAGCUGUGAAGCUUCUGGAUCUGACGAGUCUUCUGGCUCCGGAUCUUUCGAAUCUUCUGGCUCUUCUGAAGCUUCUGGAUCAUCAGAAUCUUCUGGUUCUUCUGAAUCCUCCGGCUCUGAUGAAUCUUCUGGAUCUUCUGAAGGCUCAGGCUUCGACUACGAUGACUACUGCCUCUUGUUGCAAUACUUCUACAACAUCAGCAUCGAGAUCACCGACGUCACGAUCCGUGAAGCCUGGAUUGAAUUCAUCGAAGAGAUCCAGACCACCAUCAUCUACGAUCAGUCUCUGACCUCUGACGAGAAGUUGGUAGCCAUCUGGGCCAAGUUGGAGAUCUUCCUCAGCUCCUACUCCGAGAUCACCGAGCUCGUUCUCUAUACCUACAUCGAGGAAUGGGACGGCUACAUCUUUGACAUCCAGACCGUGGUACUGUACAUCCAAUGGAGCUACACUUCUACCGUCGUCGAGAUUGAUGCUUCUGGAGACUGCAUCUUGUUCGAAGCCCUCCGCAACUGCACCGCCGUCGAUGCUGAAUUCAGCGCCAGAAUCGAGAUUCUGAUUGAAGAGCUGACCGUCAUCUUGGAAUCUACCACCUACAGCUACAGCUACCAGAUGGUACUUGUCUACGAGAAAUUCGUCGCCUUCUUCGCUGAAUACAGCCAAUACACUACAGUAAUCCUGGAGGUCGAGAUCGAGGGAUACGGUUCCUUCUCUUCCUUCUACGAAGUCGUCUACAACGUGAGUUUAUAUAAUCACAGUAACCAUACAAUAAUCAACACUGUUUUGACCUAUAUCUGAUAUUGUUUUAGUACUGGCUCGUCUUCAACUUCGAAGUUGCUGUUGGAGGAUCGGCUUCCGAAUGUGAACUCAUCCAAACCCUCACCACCUGCUACGAGAACGCCUCUUCCGGAUCCACUUCUGAACGUGCCCAGAUCAAGGAACUCGUGGAGAAGCUGACCACUUACUACGAAUCCAACACCGAAGUAGAAGUCCGUGUAGAAUACUUUGUAGCCCAAUUCUACGAAUGGCUGAUCAUCCAGGAAUGGUCGGUUGAAAUCAUCUUCAGCUUGGAGAUCCAAGGCUACGGCACCGUCUACGACCUGAUCAUCGCUUAUGUUUGGGUAGGUUAAUAUCAUAAUUUAUAUUGUUAUAGGAAUCAGAUAUACUUUUACUAUAAUACUGAUUUCAGGAACACCACUGUGGAUGUAUUGACUUUGGAGAAUCGACCACCACUGAAGCCCUUGAAUCUACCACUGUCGAAGUCGAAACCUCAACUGUCCCAGUAGAAACCACCACCCACGCCACCGGAGACUGCUCAACCGUCCUCGACCUGGUCAUCUUCCAGAACAACAUCACCGACUUGUCCUGGUCUAUCGACCAAGCCCAAGAGAGCUGGAACUCGACCGAGAUCCAGAGAUUCGCCGCCUACGAGAAGAGAAUCUUCGUCGUCGAAAGCAACACCACAGCCACUCGUGAACAAGUCUUCACCAACGUAGCCAACGUUUUCAACGUGUGGACCACCAACGAGUUCUACUUGGACUUGGUCUACUCCAUCAACGUCUACAUCUACCACGAGACUGCCACCCAAUACCUCUGGGGUACUGUCAAGCAGUUCUGCGCGUGUGCCUAA